AGAAAGUAGUGAACACAGUGCAUUAAACGCCAAACGACAGGACCAAAACCAAAACAAAAGCAAAAACAAAACUUUCUACGAAACAUAAUAAUCUACACAAUCUAAAAACCUUUUCGACUACCUCCGAGCGUUGCGUUGCUACCUUUGUUUCUCCACUCUCUGCACAUGGCCGUCGUUGGCGUUCUCGCGCUACAAGGAUCGUUCAACGAGCAUAUGGCUGCUCUUAGAAGGUUAGGGGUGAAAGGUGUGGAGAUUCGAAAGCCGGAGCAGCUUCACACCGUUACAUCCCUCAUCAUCCCCGGUGGAGAAAGCACCACCAUGGCUAAGCUCGCUGAGUAUCAUAACUUGUUUCCUGCCUUGAGGGAGUUUGUAAAAAUGGGAAAGCCUGUUUGGGGAACCUGUGCAGGGCUUAUAUUCUUGGCAAAUAAAGCUAUAGGACAGAAGACUGGUGGACAAGAUUUAGUCGGCGGACUCGAUUGUACAGUGCAUAGGAAUUUCUUUGGAAGCCAGAUUCAAAGCUUUGAGGCAGAGCUUUCAGUCCCACAGCUUGCCUCCCAGGAAGGUGGUGCUGAAACAUUUCGUGGAGUUUUUAUCCGUGCACCGGCAAUUCUUGAAGCAGGGCCAGAAGUUCAAGUGCUGGCUGAUUAUCCUGUAUCUUCUGAUAGAUUGUUAAAUCUUGACACCUCUACUGGAGACAAAAAGGAGAAUGGUGAGGAAGAAAGUAAGGUUAUUGUUGCUGUGAGACAAGGGAACAUACUAGGGACUGCUUUCCAUCCUGAAUUGACAGCUGAUACUCGAUGGCAUAGUUAUUUUUUGAAAAUGUCAAACGAGACUGGAGAAGAGGUCUCAUUAAGUAGCCUUGUUCCUGCACAAGUCGGCACAAGUCACUAUCAACUGACCCGCAGUGACCUUCCUAUCUUUCAAUAGGACAACAACACUCACCAAGCCGAACAAUUAUGGUUGUUCUUCUUUUUUAAAUUUAAUUUCUUGAAUUUCAUGAGAUAAUUGUUGGAUCUUUAGAAGAUAGUUUAGCUACAUAGUAUUUUCAUUUUUCUUCUUACUUUUUCUCCAUUUUGGACAAACAGUAACAUAUUAUAGACUUGGUGUUUUCUCCUAAGUAGUCAUCUAUCUAUUAAAUAUCAUUCUAGUA